GUUUCACGAGCGUUUGUCUGAUAUAAAAAGAAAGAAGAAAAAAAACGUAAAGAGAAUUGUCUCACGUGGAGGCAGAUAGACAGAGUUUUGAAGAGAAGAAGAAGCAGAAGCAGAAGGUCGCGUUGUUCGCCAGAUCGUUUCGAUCUAUUGUAUAACCCCCCCUCUUUAUCGCACGCGGAGUCGAGGCUUAGGCCCCAUAAAAGUCGCCAAAAUUCUACACCAACAAGCUUUAAUCAGCCCCGAGAUUUCGCUGCAGUUCGCAACGGCGGCCACAAUGCCCUACAACGGCGCCAGCAAUGGAAGCGGAGGAGCCGGCGGCGGUGGCGGAGGGGCCACCAUAGUCGUCAGCGAGGGGCCCCAAAACAAAAAGAUCCGUACCGGUGUCCAACAGCCCGGCGAGAAUGAUGUGCACAUGCAUGCUAGGUCCACACAACAACAGAACCAGCAGCAAGCACUUAUGAACAAGUCAAAUGACGACCUACGGAGAAAGCGUCCCGAGACUACACGGCCAAAUCACAUUCUACUCUUCACCAUCAUAAAUCCCUUCUAUCCCAUCACAGUUGAUGUUUUGCACAAAAUCUGUCAUCCACAUGGUCAAGUGCUGCGCAUUGUUAUCUUCAAAAAGAACGGCGUUCAGGCGAUGGUGGAGUUUGACAAUCUCGAUGCGGCCACAAGGGCGCGCGAGAACCUAAAUGGAGCCGAUAUCUAUGCCGGCUGCUGCACUUUGAAAAUUGAUUAUGCCAAGCCAGAGAAAUUGAAUGUGUAUAAGAACGAGCCCGAUACCAGCUGGGACUAUACGCUGAGCACAGGUGAGAUUCUACCAAUUAAGGAUAUCGGAAAUGGUCGCUCGCCAUUACUGCAGGAGCCCCUAUACGGUACACGACCUCAGCCCUACAGUAAGUCGCUGUUUUCUAUACCCGAAAAUGUUGUUAUGCUCGAGAGCCAGCCACCGCUAUUGGGACCGGGCGCCGCCUUCCCCCCAUUCGGUGCCCCCGAAUAUCAUCCCACCACACCGGACAACUGGAAGGGCGCCUCCAUCCAUCCCACUGGACUCAUGAAGGAGCCAACCGGCGUGGUGCCCGGACGCAAUGCGCCCGUCGCCUUCACACCUCAGGGACAGGCUCAGGGCGCUGUCAUGAUGGUCUAUGGCCUGGACCAUGAUACUUCCAAUACGGACAAGCUCUUCAAUUUGGUGUGCCUGUAUGGCAACGUGGCCCGGAUCAAGUUCUUAAAGACCAAAGAGGGCACCGCCAUGGUCCAAAUGGGCGAUUCAGUGGCCGUUGAGCGUUGUGUUCAACACUUGAACAACAUUCCCGUUGGCACUGGCGGCAAAAUACAGAUUGCUUUCUCCAAGCAGAACUUCCUAUCCGAGGUGAUCAAUCCAUUCUUGCUGCCGGAUCACACACCCAGCUUCAAGGAGUACACUGGCUCCAAAAACAAUCGUUUCCUAUCGCCGGCCCAGGCCAGCAAGAAUCGCAUUCAACCACCGAGCAAGAUUUUGCACUUCUUCAACACACCGCCCGGUCUGACCGAGGACCAAUUGAUUGGAAUCUUCAACAUCAAGGAUGUGCCCGCCACAUCGGUGCGUCUGUUCCCCUUGAAGACCGAGCGCUCGUCGUCGGGACUGAUCGAGUUCCCCAACAUCUCGCAGGCUGUGCUGGCCAUCAUGAAGUGCAACCAUCUGCCUAUUGAGGGCACCAAAUUCCCAUUCAUCAUGAAGCUGUGCUUCUCCUCUUCAAAGAGCAUGAACGGAGCUUGGAACAAUGCGACCAACGAGGGCAUGAUCGAGAAGGAGAAUGAGGUCGACUCUAAGGUGGACAUCUACAAUUGAGAUUUGAUAACGAUUGUGUAAGCGGGGCCCAACAACAACGGGGCCCAUCCAGAACACACUACACAACAACAAUCAACUAGCAUCAAGCAGAGGGCCUAAGACAACCAAAACCUACACAACAACUACAAAAAGAACAUUCAGAGGGCGUAUACACACAUGUGACAACACACAGCCACAGAAAGGGGAAAAUGCCAAGGCAAAAAAUUGAUUAUAAACUAAAAACUUAACGCAGAACCACUUCAAACAACAAACAGGAAAAAAUCAAACCAGAAGCACAUAGGGCGCAAACGCAUGUACUUUUUUACGAGCCACUUACAUAGACAAGCUGAAAUCAUCUUCAAUGAUUCAGACACACGUUUUAUCUGUCGCCCUAUGUAUGGUACGGACUCGUUCAAAAGCAACACACACUAUGCACACUAUAUAGAAUUAUUACAGACAAUUACAUGCGUUUGCGUGGCAGCUGGAAGAACAUAUUCAAAAUGCUAAAAAGCUACAAAAAAUGGAAAAAGAACUUUCUCACACACACACAACACCAAACGCAAGCCAGAAAGCACACUAACCAUUUUUUGUACUGCUUCCCUGUUUAUCACACUCGAAUCAAUUUUAUCCAAUUGUAUGAUAUGUAACGUUUGAUUGGUAAAUAAUUAAAAAAGAAAAAACAUGAAAUGACAUAAACCAGAAUAAACCAAAAAUAAUAAAAUGAAUGUUAAAAUAAGCUGAUCCCCUGCCCGCGAUCCCAGGAAGCUCCUAUCCCACAGGCAGAUAACUGUUUAGUUAAUUAUAUAAUUUGGAAACGGAAACAAAAACGAAAACGGAUACGGAUAUAUGUAUAUGCAAAAAUCAAGAAACAUUUCUUUGGACAAUAUUUCGACAAGUAUUCGGGCGUGAGAAAAAGUCUUAACAAAACUAUUUAUUGAGAGCAAAAUAAAUGUGUAAAUUUAAACCAAAAAUUUAGCAAUUUUAAAUGAAAUUUAUUAAUUUUAGUUAUGAGAAAGGCAAACACUGCGGACUGCUGCAGCCGCACUUGCAGUUCAUUUUAAAUUUUUACUUUAGCAAAAAGAAUUAAAAAGAAAAGAGAAUCACAGAGAUAAAGAGAGAGAGAGAGAGAGGGGGAAGAAAAACUUGCACAAGCCAAUGUUUUUACUAUUAACAAAACAAGAAAAGACAAGAUGAUAAACAUAAUUUUUGUGCUUAAUUUACAAAGUUGAAAAAGGCAUAAAUUUAUGUGUACGAGCUGUAUUUGUAUUUACAUUAAAAUUAAUAUUAAUUUUACACUAAAUGUAAAAAGUGAAAUAACUAAACAAAACAAAAACAAAAAACAAAAAACAAAAGCAAAAAUAUUAAACCUACCAGAAAUUAAGUUAAGUGCAAGUGAGGAGAUUUGCCAACCGCAGACAUACAUCAAAAAUCAACAUAUUUUUGAGGCGUUUUAAAGUAAGAGAAGGGACGAGAGAGAGCCAAACAUUUCAGAACUCCAAGUAAAGUUAGCAAAAGCAGAGCAGAGCAGAGAAGAGAAGAGACGAGAGAAGGAUUAGGGCGUAUUGCAAAUGCGGAUAAUGGUAAUGAAAAAAAAAACAAAAGAAAAGAGUUAAUUAACGAUAUCAGCAAUAAAGCAACAGCAACAACACCAUAUCAAAGGCGUAUGUUAGAUUAUCUAAAACGACAUAACUAAACAUAAACCAGAAAUGCUAAGUAGUAGUGUUAUGUAUAUCUAAUCGGUUCAUCCUCGUUUAUCAUUUUAAGUUGAAACCCUAACAGGCGGCCAGAAGACAAGAGACCCAGAGAGUCUCAGCUGGUAGCGCCUGUCUGUACAUUACACAGGGCGUUGUUCCAUAUAUCCUAAAUUCAAAUCAACGAAUACUUACACUAUGCUACGGCCGCGAAUCGAAUUUCUACACCACCCGUUUCCCACACACUUCACCACACCACUCCAUCCACAUUCACCGAUUGACGGAACCAUUUGCUUCCAUACAGAUCGUGCUUCAUUCAUCAUUAAUCAACAAUCAAAUUAUGUGCAAUUUGGGCUUUAAACGAGACUUUAUUUCCUUUUAUUUAUUUAUUGCUACUCCCUCUCAUUUCGAAAUCUAGUUCGUGUAAUUAUUUCAAGUGUCUUUACAGUCUUAGUUAUUAUGUAAAUUGUUUUUUAAUCAUUAAUUGUAUAAUAUUUUUGUAAAGAUUAAGUAUUAUUGUACUUAAUUUAAAUUACGAACAUGAUUUACUGACAAGCUUCAAAUAGCCGCAACAAAA